UUGUGCUCCUACGUCCAUCGCGCCACCGCCACUCGCACUGCCAUAGCCGAAGAGGAGAGGAGGACAGCAAUGGCAUUGCUGCGGGGCGUUGCGUUGCUGCUGCUGUGUCUCCGGCUGUUCGUCCACCCGUCCCUGGCUAUCGAGGUGCGCGGUGGGGAGGCGGAGAAGGUCCCGCUGUCGGCGGUCAUCGUGCCCGACCCUUCCCCGGAGCUGCGGGAGCCCACCUCGCCGGAGCCCGCGCCGGCGCCGGUGUCGGGGGCCGGCGGCGGCGACGACGACAUGCGGCCGAGGCUGCCGACGGAGCGGUGGCGGCGCGGUGACGAGCGCCGCAGCGGCGGCGACAGCCACCGCGCGCGCGCGCACGCCCACGCCCACGCCCACGCGGCGGCACCAGCGCCGUCGACGACCUCGCUGGGCCCAGCAGCGCGUGCCCCAUCGUCCCCCGCGUCGGCGCCGUCGCCGGACUCCGGUGCGGCACAGAGCGGCACGGCGUUCAUCAGGAGCAGCCCCGCCGUGCCGGUCCCGCGCGGCGUCACCGACACGGCCACCAUCCUCCCCAUGCCCACGCCGGGUGAAAAGCAGCAGGAAGUAGCGGCAGCUGCUGCUUCUGCUCGACCCGGUGUGGUGCUGACUGUGGUUGGGCUCACCAUGAUGGCGUCUUUCUGGGCUUGACACUAGUUGUUCUUUAUCUAGUACUGUACUACUCCAGCAGCAGCAGCAGUGUAGUAUAGCUAGGAUUAGUAGUGAGAUAGAGCUUAUUUCUUUUUAUUUCAUGUAUGUUCUUUCUCUGAUCAGUUGUCUUUCUGUUCUGAUCUUCUGAUCAUCUGUAAACAAAGCUAGCCUUCCUUUAUUUACAU